UGAUCAAUGCCAACAUGGAGGAUAUCAGUGGUGGAUUACGAUCAAUGAACCUGCGCGGUGAUACUUCUGAUAAUGCUGAUUGGUAUAUUAUUGCACAUGGCAAAAAAACUCAGUUAUACCAAUUCACGCCGCGCAAUGCUGCUACACAAAGUAAUGAUGAAUGUACCUUGAUUUGGGAGGAGGUUGACAUUUCUCAUUGCUGUCCGACGCAUGGUGGUGACAGGAUAUGUAUUAAUCGUAAAGGUUCUAAUAUACUCGAGAUCAUUGAUUUGUUCAGUCGUAAGAUCGUAUCAACUAUACAGCUUCCACCAGACUGUGUUAUAUCCGGUAUACUAUUCAGUACCAAGGAUACAUACUUAGUGGUACACACUGCGUGGUCCGAGGCUAACCCUAACAAUUUAGUUAUUUACCGUAUUAAUGGCCCCGAUGUAACGCCAGUGCUUGCUAUUCCCUAUAGCAAGUCUUACACCGUAAAGCGAUAUCCUAUAUGGACUCCCUGUGAAACGUAUUGCACAAUUCGCGUUAAUAAUGAUUUAUUCGUCUUCAAGGACGGUCAGUAUUCACUGGAAACACCUCUGUCUAAAAUAUCACUUACGUUUGGUGAUGAUGGAGCUGUGCCUUUUUCUGCUAAUAGUAUAAUAUCAAUAUCUCCAGUGACAAAAAACGGUGCAUGCUAUUUGGCUGCGUUCACUCCUGAGCAAAAAGGCACCAGUGGUUUAGUUCGUAUCUAUAAUCUACAAGAUGCUACGAAACCCUGCUAUGAAAACGUUUUUAAAUAUGCUGAGGAAGGCGAAUUUUUCUGGAGUACCAGGGGUACAACUGCAGUUUUGCGUACAUUUAUUAAUAAUGUAAAAGGCCUUUCUUCUUAUUACGGUGGCAACGGAUUAUUUUUGUUGCAGCCACAUAAGGCGAAUCAUGAGACUAUAAUGGAACCUACUGAAGGCCAAGCCCACGAGGUAUCUUGGUCACGCACGGCGAAUGAUAUACUUAUAAUAAAGGGUACACGACCCGCAGAGCUUGAUAUGUACGACGGGAACAGUGGUAAUAAAAUACUUACUUUUGGCCGUCACCAUCGUAAUACCAUCAGACGCGAUGCAUUUGACAGAUUGGUUUUGAUUGGCGGCUUCGGCAAUCUUAGUGGCGAUAUUGAUAUAUGGGACCUAAAGAAGCGAUGCAAAAUAGCUCAAACCAAGAGUGACUGUGCCGUGUUUUGUGAUUUUGCACCUGAUGGGAGGUACUUUGUGACUGCUACAACAUGUCCUCGCAUGCGUGUAAAUAACUGUUUCAAGGUAUUCAGUUACAGUGGCAAGCUGGUAUCGCAGAUUGAUUUUGAUGAGCUAUACCAUUUAUACAUAUGUUCACCCGGUAGGACCUUUGUGGCAAGGGAUCCCUCACCAACAGCAUGUACAGUAGCUCCCACUGUUAAAAAAUCGGUUUACCGCGCUCCGGGAUCUCGCCCUGAUGGCCCUACUGCAGCGGCAUUUCUCCGCUUGGAGGCUCAAACUACAGUUGCAACACCUGUGGCAAGACCACCUGUUAGUAUCCCUAGGGGCCCACCGGGUGCUGAUCCAACGCUGUUAGCGCAAGCUGCAAGGAUCAGUCGUAAGAAGAAAGAUCAAGCUAAUAAAAGGAACAAUUAGACAUAUUAAAUAUUUCAAUGUCU